CAUAUUUCUAUGAAUACAUCAUUCAUUCUUCAAAAAAAGCAAUUUGGAAAGCUUCAAGCUUAAAAUAAUGGUUACUGAAUGCAGUCACUUUACACAUUUGUACAAUUACAAUUUUACAAUUUUAUACUUGAUAAAUUAUAUUUGCUUAACCAAACAACAAAUUCCAUGUGCAAUUUUGCAAGUCAAGUUUGCGACUGCGCCGUCUUGCAAUUUUUUUUCGCUGGACAAAAUGAAACGACCAAAAGAGGAAAAACUAGUGUUGAGCAGACUGAUGAUAUGGAAGUGGAUGUUGAGGUUAAGGGCCGUGAAACGAGUUUUCAUCGACAUGCCGAUUAACAGGGCAUAGAUGGUGGUACCAUGUAGGAUCAAAUCAGGGGACAUAAUAAUGA